CGCCGAGGUUAUCGUGGGUCUCGGUCUCCGUAUUUUAAAAUUACGCGUAUUAGUUACGUCCUUCGCAUUCACGAAUUGCGCUCUAUUGUUUGUCAUAAACCGCAUAUUAUACUUCUUGUAACAAUAUCUGUUUUGUUUUAUUUUGUCGUCCACACGUCACACGAAUCGAUCAUGUCGAAGGUAUCGUUGUACACAAUCAUCUUGUCUGUGGCCGUGUUGUGGGCUCUAUCCACAGCGGCUCCAAAUGACAUCCACCGCGAUAAGGAGAACGUACUGCCAGCCAAGGCAUUUGGAAACGAAGAAGUCAAAGAAUCCAAACUGAUUACAAAAUGUUAUGAUGAAGAAACUAAAUCAGCUUACAAAGUAGACUCCAUUUGGUAUCCAGAGGGAAAAUGUGAAAAACGAACUUGCUCUAGGCAAAAUAACUCAAAGAUCCCAAUCCUAAAAACUAUGAAAUGUGAGCCAUGUACUUCAUGUAAAUUGCCUAAUCAAAAAUGCCACCCAUUCAAUUCUGAUAAAAAUUAUCCUAAGUGUUGUCCACAGUGUUUAAAAAAGUCUACCAUACUUUUGAAAGGAGAAUCAAAGAAAAAAUAUUAAAAUGUUUAAAUAUAUUUUAAUAAUUAUUGAUUUAUGCUUUAAAAUAAAAAAACCUAUACA